UGGCGGCACCCAUCGAAUCGCACCGCUUUGCUUCCUUGGAAAUAUAACUCCACAACACAGAAAAUUAAAGCGUACAUUUUUGAAGAGAUAAGCACAACAAUAAAAAAUAAUAAUAAUUUUGUGCCAAGAGUUCCACAAUUUUGAUGGCUGUACAUUUUCAUGUUGUUUCCGGAUCUACGUUUCAUAAUUUUCUUCUCGGCGUCUUGUUUGCUAAAAUGGCGGCUCCCAUAGAUGGUUUUUUUGUGCUUCUUCUUGGCUAAAUAAACUUGCGAGCUAGCAACCACAACCUGGACAUAUUUAUAUUCUCUACAAUUAUAUACCAGUGGUCUUGAACUGGGAACAACGUAUACAAAAUCUCGAUACUAUAUUUUGUGUUUGAGUGCAGUAUUUUAGUAGGACGCGAGGUUUUAAAAAUCCUGUUUAACGUUUAAACGUUACCGUAGCCAGCUACUGUUAGCUUGUUGUCAGUUAACGUUAGCUGGCUAGUCCUAACGGAUGCUAGCUAACUCGUUAGCUUAGCAUUAUUAUACAUUUAGACAUUUUAGCUAUAUUGGAAAGCUUUUCAAGUUGGACAUUUUUUUCUAACUUCCUUCUCAAAGAGAAACUGAAUCUACCGGCACCAUGACAUCUGGGACCUCUGGCUCAGUUCUGCAGCCACGGUGGAAGCGGGUGUUGGGUUGGUCCGGCCCUGUCCCUCGGCCCCGACACGGACAUCGUGCAGUUGCAAUUAAAGAAUUGAUGGUCGUUUUCGGGGGUGGCAAUGAAGGAAUUGUAGAUGAACUGCAUGUGUAUAACACAGCCACCAAUCAGUGGUUCAUUCCUGCUGUCCGUGGCGACAUCCCGCCUGGCUGUGCUGCGUAUGGGUUCGUGUGCGACGGCACCAGGCUGCUGGUGUUCGGAGGGAUGGUGGAAUAUGGCAAAUACAGCAAUGAUCUGUAUGAACUGCAGGCCAGUCGCUGGGAGUGGAAGCGUCUGAAGCCCAAGUCUCCUAAGAACGGCCCUCCUCCCUGUCCCCGCCUGGGACACAGCUUCUCCCUGGUAGGGAACAAAUGCUUCCUGUUCGGAGGACUGGCUAACGACAGUGAGGACCCCAAGAACAACAUCCCCAGAUACCUGAACGAUCUGUAUACGCUGGAGCUGCGUGCCGGCUCCAGUGUGGUGGGCUGGGACAUCCCCAUCACCUACGGGGUGUUGCCCCCGCCCAGAGAGAGCCACACCGCCGUCGUCUACACAGAGAAGACCUCUAGCAAGUCCCGUCUGGUCAUCUAUGGGGGUAUGAGCGGCUGUCGACUGGGGGAUUUGUGGACACUAGAUAUAGACACCCUGACAUGGAAUAAGCCGUCCAUCAACGGGACAGCUCCUCUUCCCCGCAGUCUCCACUCUGCCACAACCAUCACCAACAAGAUGUUCGUGUUCGGAGGCUGGGUUCCCCUGGUGAUGGAUGACGUCAAAGUAGCGACACACGAGAAGGAGUGGAAGUGCACCAACACACUGGCCUGUCUCAACCUAGACUCGAUGGCGUGGGAGUCGGUGCUGAUGGAUUCUCUAGAAGAUAACAUCCCCAGGGCCAGGGCCGGUCACUGCUCCGUGGCCAUCAACUCACGCCUCUACGCCUGGAGCGGACGGGACGGAUACCGCAAGGCCUGGAACAACCAGGUGUGCUGCAAGGACCUCUGGUACCUGGAGACAGAGAAGCCCCGCCCCCCGUCACGGGUGCAGCUGGUGAGAGCCAACACCAGUAGCCUGGAGGUGAGCUGGGGGGCGGUACCAACUGCUGACACCUACCUGUUACAGCUGCAGAAGUACGAUAUCCCCCCCGCCCCGGCCGCCACCACGCCCGGCGUCAGCCCCGCGACGUCACUACCGGUCAACUCCCCCAAGAGCCCUGUCACAGCCUCUGCAGCGUCCCCCCAGGGCCUGCCUCUCCAGGGCAUAACGCUGGUCCCCUCCCCCACCACCACAAUGCCUGGGAGUCCACUGGCUGCUGCGAAUGCACGUGGGCCAGCUAUCCUGAAGGUGUCGGCUCCCCAUUCCACCACAGGCACCUCCAUCGUCACGGUGAGGCAGGCCAACCAGGGCGGGAAAUCUCCCGUAACGGUGACAUCACUUCCUGCCGGGGUCCGCAUGGUCGUGCCGGCCCAGGGUGCACAGGGAACGCCAAUGGGCAGCAGCCCUCAGAUGAGUGGCAUGGCUGCGUUGGCUGCAGCGGCUGCUGCCACACAGAAGAUCCCGCCCUCCACGGCCACCAUGCAGCUUCCAGCUGGUGCUACUAUGGUCAAGACCGUGGCCAUGAGCCCCGGUUCACAGACUGUCAAAGUAGCCUCGCCUGUUAUGGUUAGUAACCCAGCAACCCGCAUGCUGAAGACUGCUGCGGCUCAGGUGGGCACGUCAGGUGUUGUCACACCCGGAACGCCUUCUCGCCCUAUCAUCACCGUGCACAAGUCUGGCACGGUGACGGUUGCCCAGCAACACCAGGUGGUUACCACGGUAGUGGGAGGAGUCACCAAGACGAUCACCCUUGUCAAGAGUCCCCUUACUAUGGGGGGAGGUGGAACACUGCUGACCGCGGCCAACCAGGGUCAAAACAAAGUGAUGUCUGGGAAGGACGUGCAGCAUUGGCUGUCUAACCUGUCCAACCUGGGGAAGGUGAUGUCCGUGGUCCAGACCAAGCCUGGUCAGACAGGAACGGUGACGGGACAGGCUGGCUCCAGCCUCCAGCACAUCAUACAGACGAAAGGUCCCCUCCCGGCGGGCACCAUCCUGAAGCUGGUGACCUCAGCGGACGGCAAGCCCACCACCAUCAUCACGACGUCCCAGGCCGGGGCCGCGGGGGGCAAGCCCACCAUCCUAUCCUACAGCGGCAUGCCCACCACCACCAAGCCUGGCACGCACAUCAUCAAGACCAUACCCAUGUCUGCCAUCGGACAAGCAGGAGUGACAGGAAGUGGUAUGAAGUCCCCCAUUACCAUUAUCACCACUAAGAUGAUGACACCAGGCACCGGGACACCAGGCAAGAUCAUCAGCGCAAUGCCCAGAGCUGGGGCUGGUCAGCAGGGACUCACACAGGUGGUGCUGAAGGGUGCCCCUGGACAGCCCGGGACUAUUUUACGGACCGUCCCCAUGGGAGGAGUACGUCUCGUCUCCCCGGUUACUGUUUCCGGUGUCAAACCUAACGUCACCACCCUUGUUGUCAAGGGAACCACAGGUGUGACAACGUUUGGUACGGUGACUGGUACAGUGUCUUCGAGCCUGGCGGCCGGAAGUGUUGCCACGGCUACCACCACCUUGGGCACCAUGACCACUCUGCCUGGACAGGUCACCGUCUCCGCAGCUCAGGCGGGAGCUCCGCCCACUCAGGUGACCCUGAUCACGACCCCCAGUGGUGUGGAUGCUCAGCCUGUCCACGACCUCCCGGUCUCCAUCCUGUCCUCCCCCACCUCCGCCGACCCCUCGUCCACCCAGCCCGAGGCAGGCGACCCAGGAACGGUAACCCUGGUCUGCUCAAACCCCCCCUGCGAGACCCAUGAGACCGGCACCACCAAUACAGCUACCACGGCCUCCGCUAACAUGACUGGUAAUGGUGGGGUGGAGAGGGUCUGCUCAAACCCCCCCUGCGAGACCCACGAGACCGGCACCACCAACACUCAAACGACCGCGUCCUCCAACAUGGGCCAGGUACAGCAGGUGUGCACCAACCCCCCGUCCGAGACCCACGAUACAGGUACCACCAACACCCAGACCACCGCCAGCUGUAACAUGGGAUCCAACCAGCAACAACAAGGCUCCAGCGUAACCAACAACACCAGCGGGUCUGAUCCCCCGUCCUCUCCGCCCCCCUCCUCCUCCGGAGACCUCUCCCCCUCGUCUGUUUCUGGUACCAGCUCUGUGCCCGGGGUGCUACGACCCGAGACUCUGAGAACAGGGACCACCUACACCUCGACCACCGCACGCUCGAACAUGGGCUCUGACCAGAUGGGCAUGACGCUCAGCUCUUCGUCCUCAGAUAACCAGAGCAAGUCAUCCAGUGGAGGAGGAGGAGGAGGAUCCCCCCUCACCUCUCCUGUCUGCUCCAAUCCACCUUGUGAAACGCACGAGACUGGCACUACCACUACGUCGACGCAGGCCAACUCUAGUAUGGGCAUCGGGCAGACUACAGGCACGGUCCAGAGAGUGUGUUCCAAUCCUCCGUGUGAAACGCACGAAACGGGAACCACCAACACCCCUUCUCAGACUACGUCCAACCUGACAGGGACGGGCACGGUCCAGAGGGUGUGUUCCAAUCCUCCGUGUGAAACGCACGAAACGGGAACCACCAACACCCCUUCUCAGACUACGUCCAACCUGACAGGGACGGGCACGGUCCAGAGGGUGUGUUCCAAUCCUCCGUGUGAGACACACGAGACGGGCACCACCAACACAGCUACUACAGCCCAGCCUGGUGACUCGACACAGGGAGACAGCGGAACUACAGAGGCUCCCUCGUCGUCCUCGGUAACCACAGAGUCCAGCGCCGUGGUGGCGGCUGGCCGAGCAGUUACCACGGUUACCCAGUCCACACCCACACCUGGACCCUCCGUACCUGAGAUCUCGUCGAUGUCUGGGUCGUCUGAGGCGAUGGUGGCGGCAUGUAUAGAGGGAGAGGAGGCCAUGCAGACGGACUGUCUCCCAGAGGGCACAGUGAGGGUCGUGACCCUGGAAGAGGCUGCUGCAGCUGGGAUACAGGUCCAUGUGGAGGGCAUGGAGGAACAGAACCAGGGGGAGCAGGAGGGCCUGCCUGCGGAGCUGAUGUCUGAAGGUGACGCAGGGGGCCAGCAGACCCUGAUGGUGACGGGUUUAACCCCCGAGGAGCUGGCUGUUACCGCUGCAGCCGAGGAGGCGGCACAACAUGCUGCUGCUGAGGAGGCGAACGCCCAGGCCAUGGCCAUACAGGCUGUCCUGCAGGCCGCACAGCACGCUGUCAUGAAUGAAGGAGACGGUGGCCAGGAGGGCCAGCACCACACCACCACCAUCCCCAUUGUGUUGACUCAGGCUGAGCUGGCAGCCCUGGUACAUCAACAACAACAGCUGCAGGAAGCCCAGGCUCUGGCCCAGGCAGCGGCGGCGGCAGCAGCACAGCACAACCAGCCCACCGAGGGCCUGGCCCCAGCAGACAGCCUGAACGACCCGGCGUCAGAGAGUAACGGCCAGGAGCUGGCUGCAGCAGUGACCCAGGCGGUGGCCCGGCUAGCCCCAACCUGCACCAUGGUGGUGACAAACCCGGCUAAGACUCAGCCCAUGAUGGUGGCCACCCCGGCUAAGACUCAGCCCAUGAUGGUGGCUAGCCUGGCUAAGACUCAGCCCAUGAUGGUGGCAACCCCGGCUAAGACUCAGCCCAUGAUGGUGGCCACCCCGGCUAAGACUCAGCCCAUGAUGGUGGCCACCCCGGCUAAGACUCAGCCCAUGAUGGUGGCCAGCCUGGCUAAAACUCAGCCCAUGAUGGUGGCCACCCCGGCUAAGACUCAGCCCAUGAUGGUGGCCAGUCCGGCUAAGAUGCAGGCAGCUGCGACCCUGGCAGAGGUGGCUAACGGCAUAGAGUCUGCUGCAGGGAGACAAGGAGCUCCUCCUGCGGUGGCCAAAGCCCCGGUGAAGAAAGACAACCAGUGGUUUGAUGUUGGCAUCGUCAAGGUGACCAACACCGUGGUCACACACUACUACCUGCCCGCUGACGACCAAGCCACUGUCGAUGAUGACUCUGGGGCGAUCCCGGACUACAGUCAGAUGAAGAAGAUGGAUCUCCAGCCAGGGACGGCCUAUAAAUUCAGAGUGGCCGGGAUCAACACCUGUGGUCGAGGGAACUUCUCAGAGGUCUCGGCCUUCAAGACGUGUCUACCGGGCUUCCCCGGAGCUCCCUGUGCGAUCAAGAUCAGCAAGAGCCCAGAUGGAGCCCACCUGACCUGGGAGCCUCCAUCGGUCACAUCUGGUAAGAUCAUUGAGUACUCGGUGUACCUGGCCAUCCAGAGCGCCCAGAGCGGGGAGCAGGCCAAGCCCACCACCACCACCACCCCAGCCCAGCUGGCUUUCAUGCGAGUGUUCUGUGGGCCGAACCCUUCCUGCCUGGUGCAGUCGUCCAGCCUCUCCAACGCACACAUAGACUACACCACCAAGCCUGCCAUCAUCUUCCGCAUCGCAGCCCGCAACGAGAAAGGUUACGGCCCUGCCACGCAGGUCAGGUGGCUCCAAGAGGUAGGUAAAGAUGGUGUUGCAGCUAAACCAACUGCUAAGAGACCAGGCUCCUCGCCUGACAUGAAAGCUGCCGGUCCGAAGAAGGCCAGAUCAGACCAGUAAAGGGAGUUUCCUUCUCCCCUUGUUGUCCAUGAUGACUAUUACUGAACUGAAUACAACACCCCUCAACCAGCCCCCACCAAGAUCCCUCACCAACUAUCUACAAUAUCCUUGCCUCAACCUCAGCCCCACAAACCUGGACCCAGACCGGCCCACAAACCUGGACCCAGACCGGCCCACAAACCUGGACCCAGACCGGUCCACAAACCUGGACCCAGACUGGCCCACAAACCUGGACCCAGACCGGCCCACAAACCUGGACCCAGACCGGCCCACAAACCUGGACCCAGACCGGCCCACAAACCGGCCCACAAACCUGGACCCAGACCGGCCCACAAACCUGGACCCAGACCGGCCCACAAACCUGGACCCAGACCGGCCCACAAACCUGGACCCAGACCGGCCCACAAACCUGGACCCAGACCGGUCCACAAACCUGGACCCAGACCGGCCCACAAACCUGGACCCAGACCGGCCCACAAACCUGGACCCAGACCGGUCCCCCAACCACCCAUCAUUCACAAAAUGGCUACCUAAAAAAACCCAGAUGAAAAUAAUCCCAGAGCCCUGCCCUCAUCACUCGAGGUUGUGGUGCCACGGACACCUCGUUUCCAACCUCGUGUUCUUUAUUGGUUUAUUACUGAUCUUCUGUUAAAACGGUUGAAAGCACACAAUUACAUUUUUCUUGGCUUUUUUUUUUUAUUUUUAAAUGAUUUUCGGUGAAAUCAACAACAACAACAACAACAACAACAAAAAAUAGAAAAAAACACUGUGGAGUUUUAACUGUAGUUGCUAGCUAGUGAUUUUCCUCUCUCUGUCCCAUGCUUUUCUCCAUCCCGGUUUAUCAACACAAGUAAUUACACAGCACAAAUAGCUGUGUAUCGCCGAUGUCACUUGCGCGUCGGUCGAUUGGUCACAUGUAUAGAAGGAUCAGAUGGUUGCUAUGGAAAACGGUUGAAACGGAAGAACACAGCAUCGUCACGUUGUCAUGGGGACAAAAACACACCGAUGGGGAAAACAGACAGCACUUGGGGGGAGGACAAGAGUGUUUUCUCCAUUGAAGGGGAGUCCAUCGUCAUCAUCAACCGAUUUAAGACUUCACAUUUUUGUCCUGGCUUUCGUCUUGCUUUGUGACAUCACCGUGUUCACAGGGAGUUAAAAAAAAAAAAGGAACGAGAGUUUAACUCAAGUCAAGAAAAUGAAGUGUUUUUGGUGUAGGUUUAGGAGACUACUUUAAUUCUCUAGUCUGUUUCCUUUCGUUGGGAGGGUGUGUGGACACUGGCUGACUGCCAACCAGGGUGAAAAAGUACAAUGUUUUUUUGUUUUACAGCCUUUAUUCGACAGGUCAUUUGACACUUAUUUCAGAAUUGGUGGUCUAAUGAACCGUUAAAUAAUGACUUUUUGUUACUUGCUCUGCUGCGGAAGAUGAAAGAGCAGAAACGAAAGACUGAAAGAAAAGAGGCGAGUGGAUGUUUUUUGUUUUGUUUAUACUUCCAGUUUAAAAAAAAAAAAAAUGAAUGAAAGGAAUUGAUUUGCAGAGAGAAAAAGCUUACUUUUCACCUGUCCUCCUUGUCGUCUCAACCUGUCGAUAGUCCAUGGAAUGCAUUUUGUUGACAUCUAAUGGAAUUUAGAAGGUUCUUUUUGUUCCAAACCUUGUUUUUUAGAGUUCUGAGAAUUAACUGGGAUAUUUUCUGCCCCCCCUCCCCUCUCCCCCCUUCCCCAAAAUGCGGACAAACUGUUGAUAUUGAUAACCAUUCACAUUACUUUUGGUGUAUUGUUGUUAUUAUUAUUAUUAUUAUUAUUUGCUUUACAUAUGUUUAGGUAUGCAAGUGUGUGUGUGUAAUGUGACAAAUGUUUUCCAUGUAGUUGGCAUGUAUUUUUGAAACAGAGCAUUUUAUUUACCGAGAGGUGGGAAAAUGCUUUGUUAUGAAGAAUGAUUGAAUGGUGCAAACAGCAAACAGGGUUUGAGCUCAGUUGUAAAUUAGUUCCUUCCUUCACGUAGCAAGUAAAGUUCAAAAAAAAAAAAUAAAAUAAAAAAUAAACUCUUUUUUAUAUAA